UAUAGAUUCAAAUAAUAGCCAACUGCUCAGAUUACUUCAGUUGAAGACACUUAGUUGACGAGGAUUCAGUGCGGUUAUAUUUGUGGAAAACAUUAUUUUCUAAAGAAUCUCAUCAAGUUCAAGAAUGGCAAGCAGUUUGACAACAGAUAAACAAGAAGAAAGAGAAUCAGAGGGAUUUGAGGUAGAAAAUGGCAACAUGCUGAACAGCAGCACAGGUCACUACCUCAUCCUGGACUUCAUUGGUGAAGGACGCUUUGGCAAAGUUGCCAAGUCUGUGAAUUUAAUCACAGCACAGGACGUGGCCCUCAAGAUUUUUAAAACUGAGGAGAACAUGGAUAUGAAGAGAGAGAUCAACAUGCUGGAAGUCCUGAGCGUUCUCGACCCAGUGAAGACGAGCGUGGUGCAAUACUUUGAGAAGUUCCAGCACAAAGGACAUAUCUGUCUAGCUUUCGAAAUGCUAGACAGGAAUCUUUACCAGCUAUUGAUAGACAGACAGUAUAAGCCACUGUCUCUCAGUGAGAUACGCCUGAUAGCACACCAGUUGCUGACAGCCUUAGAUGCCCUGAAGGGACUUGGAAUCAUCCACUGUGACCUGAAGCCAGACAACAUCAUGCUGGUGAACCAUGAAGACCAGCCCUUCAGAGUGAAAGUCAUAGACUUUGGUGUGUCAUAUUUGACCUCUGAAGUGGCUCGUGGGAUGACCAUGCAGGCUCUGGGUUACAGGGCACCCGAAGUCAUCUUGGGCCUCCCCAUCUCCAGAGCAAUAGACAUGUGGGGUCUUGGCUGUGUUCUCUCAUUCCUAUACAUCACCGACCACCUGUUUGGGGUAUGCUGUGAGUACCAAAUGGUGAGGAGCAUAGUUGAAGUACUGGGCCAACCAACUGAUGAACUGCUCAGUGACGGAGAUUUCACCAGGACAUUUUUCAAGGAGAAUCGACACUUGGACCACCCAAAAUGGUUGCUGAAGACCCCAGCGGAAUACCAGCAGGAAACUGGAAAAGUGCCUGCACUGACAUGGAAUGUCUGUUCCCUGGAUAAGCUGGUCACAAUCUACCCAAAGACACAGGAGUCCAUUGAAAUGGCAGAUUGCAGAGGAUUUGUGAGCCUCCUUGAAGAUCUUCUCCAAAUGGACCCGAAGCAGAGAAUCACACCUGCUGAAGCUUUCGCACACCCAUUUCUCUGCAUGAUCCACCUGGUAGAAGAAAUGGAAACCAGCUUGUAUGUGGACCCGUCAAUGAUGGACUGCUGCCAGAUGGACGACUCCGAGGAUGAUAACGUCACAAGUCCAAAUGGCAAAUACUUUGUUGCUCCUUUCUCCCGUGACAUUACAAGACUGCCGGAUGGAGCAGCAGCUGCUGGGGUUGAAGGUGGCUCAGUUGGAGCGAUACAGAUCUGCAAGACUAAUGACUCUUGGGAACAAACACCUGAUGACGAGGCUGAAGAGAAGCCCAAAGUUGAGGUUCUUCCAGCCAUCCACUCUCCAGACUCAGCCUCUUCUAUCUCCUAUGAAGGCAGAACAAGCCUGCCGGAUGGAGCAGCAGCUGCUGGAGCUGAAGUUGACUCAGCUGAAGAGGAACCGGCUGUCGGUCAAGAGGUAGCCAGUCGUGAUCCAGCUGAGGAGACGUCUGCCCCUGAUAGGUCACCUGAUGAAGGCGACAAAGUAAAGAACUGCCUGAAGAGUAUCCGCAACUUCUUAAGCAGGGCCAUGAGGACUGUGUUCAAACUUUAGAAAUAAAUGAAAAUAAAAAUAAUAAUAAUAAAAACAUAAUUAUUAACUUUAAUUAAUUGUUUUUGAGAUUAACUAUAAUGUUUGAUUGAUUUAACUAUAGUACUACAGAAAUAUAACUAUAGAAAAUGAUCAAACUGCUAUUGUCUCUUCUAAAUGCACAAGACCAAUAUGAUGUCAUGUACCUGCUUGUAUAUACCAUUGAUUUACACUUUGUAUUUAUUUGUAUUGUAUUUUACAAGUUGGUAUGUAUGUGUUCAGACUAAAUUAAGUACCUUUGACGUUUAAGGAUGUAACUUUAACUCUACAAUAUCUUCGUUCAUGUUUUUUAUGAUUUUUACAGAAGUACAAAAUGUAGUUUAAACAUUAUUGUGAAUACAACAAAAUGUCUCCUUGGAAA